GUUACUUGAUGUUUGUAGGGUACGCUGAAAAAUGGUAAAGUUGUGGCAGUAAAGAAGCUGACAUUAGGUCACUCUGCCCGUGCAAUUUCUGAAUUCGAAACUGAAGUGAAACUCAUUUCUAAUGUUCAUGACAAAAAUCUGGUGCGUUUUCUUGGAUGUUGUAGACAAGGCCAAGAAAGGCUCUUAGUUUAUGAGUACAUGCCCAACAGCAGCCUCGACAGAAUCUUAUUUGGAGAACAUAAAAAACCUUUGAGUUGGAAGGAAAGGUUCAACAUUAUCCUGGGCACUGCUCGUGGUCUGGCUUAUCUCCAUGACAAAUUCCAUGUCUGCAUCAUCCAUCGUGAUAUUAAAUCAAGCAAUAUAUUACUUGAUCACAACUUUCAGGCAAAAAUAGCAGAUUUUGGGCUGGCGAGGCUUCUUCCAAAUGAUAAAAGCCAUGUUAGCACAAAAUUUGCAGGAACCUUAGGAUACACGGCUCCUGAAUAUGCCAGCCAAGGGCAAUUAACAAAGAAAGCGGACACCUAUAGCUUUGGUGUGGUGGUUCUUGAAAUUCUUAGUGGCAGAAAAAGCAUUGACUUGAAUCAACCACCUCAUAUGCAAUAUCUGCUUGAAUGGGUUUGGAGCCUAUACGAAGAAAACAAGGUUUUAGAGUUGGUGGAAAGUGAAGAGAUGGAAGGGUAUAGUGAAGAAGAGGUGGUGAAGGUGUUAAACCUUGCACUUCAAUGCAUACAAGGUUCUGCCACUAAUAGGCCAUCAAUGUCAGAGGCUGUGACGAUACUGUUAAGUGAUGCUGAGAUUGAUUUCAGGAAACCUUUGCAGCCUCCAUUCAUUGACAUGGGCUACCAAGCUGUGAGACCUACCCCCUGACGACGAUUGUGUACGCUUGUACCUAGAGUACUUCUGUCGAUAUCAUGAAUCAAUAGUAUCGAUCUCUAUUAAUUUUAUCAUGGACAAUUGAUUAGGAUUAGCUAGCGAGAUCCAUGGCAUGUAUGCAUUCUAGUAAGGAUUACACUUGGAAUAGUUGAUGGUGUUAAUUGUGAA